GUCUGUUUACUUUUUGGUUAUUUUUAAACUUGUGUGUUUUCAGUUGCAAUGAAUUGUGGGUAAAAUACAAAACACCCACCGAAUAAAUUUGUCUAGCAAAUACUUUUCCUGCUGAUUGAUGAUGUGAUGGUCUUCUGUUGCGAGUAGAAAACCAGACAGCAGGAUGAUUGGCGGGUUGUUUAUAUACAACCAUAAAGGGGAGGUUCUCAUUUCCCGUGUCUACAGAGAUGAUAUUGGGCGUAAUGCAGUAGACGCAUUCCGUGUCAAUGUUAUACAUGCGAGACAGCAGGUUAGAUCACCAGUGACAAAUAUAGCUAGAACAAGUUUUUUCCAUAUAAAAAGGUCAAACAUCUGGUUGGCUGCAGUGACAAAGCAGAAUGUCAAUGCUGCCAUGGUGUUUGAGUUUCUACACAAGAUGACCGAUGUUAUGGCAGCCUACUUUGGAAAGGUUACUGAAGAAAAUAUCAAGAACAACUUUGUUCUCAUUUAUGAAAUACUCGAUGAAAUUCUGGACUUUGGCUACCCACAGAAUACUGAUACAGGAAUCUUGAAAACGUUUAUUACACAGCAAGGAGUGAAAACACAGUCGAAAGAAGAAACCAGUCAGAUCACGUCUCAAGUCACCGGUCAGAUUGGAUGGCGACGAGAAGGAAUCAAAUAUCGUAGAAACGAGCUCUUCCUGGAUGUCCUGGAAUCGGUGAACCUUCUCAUGUCACCUCAGGGUCAGGUCCUGUCUGCCCAUGUCGCUGGCCGUAUUAUAAUGAAAAGUUACUUGUCGGGAAUGCCAGAAUGUAAAUUUGGUAUUAAUGACAAGGUCUUAAUGGAAAGCAAGGGAGGCAAAUCUGGACAAGAUGACGGGCGUGGGUAUGUGAAGAGCACAUCGGGGACAUCGUCAUCAGGGAAGACAUCUAUUGCAAUUGAUGACUGUCAGUUCCAUCAGUGUGUGAAACUGAGCAAGUUUGAAACAGAACAUAGUAUCAGCUUUAUCCCACCAGAUGGAGAGUUUGAACUAAUGAGGUAUAGAACAACCAAGGAUAUAAGUCUGCCAUUUAGAAUUAUUCCCCUUGUACGAGAGGUCGGCAGACAGAAGAUGGAGGUCAAGGUUGUCGUUAAGUCUAACUUUAAACCUUCACUUCUUGCCCAGAAAGUUGAGGUUCGAAUCCCAACUCCAUUGAACACAAGUGGUGUGCAGGUGAUUUGUAUGAAAGGCAAAGCCAAAUACAAGGCUAGUGAAAAUGCCAUUGUGUGGAAGAUAAAGAGAAUGGGUGGUAUGAAGGAGUGUCAGCUGAGUGCAGAGAUAGAGCUACUCAAUACCAAUGAUAAAAGAAAAUGGACCAGGCCACCUAUAUCUAUGAACUUUGAGGUAUAGUUUGUGCUUUUAUAUCUCUACUUUGCAUUUU